UAAAAUAUUAUCCAGGUAUGUUGAAUUCUCUAAUUAGGUAAUUAAUGUUCUAUUGAAAGCUAAAAAUCUGUUCUUUAGGAUGGUUAAAAUUGCUAAGCGACGUAAGAGUAUCAGCGCAGUGAGACACACGGAGGAGACGAUUCAAAAAUGCAUGGAAUAUGUUAAAUCCGGAAAGAAAUCCAUGUAUGCGGCCUGUAAGCUACUAAAGCUGCCCAUGUCCACAGUGCGAUAUAGAAUGAGUGAUCGAUGGAAGCAUAAGAACGUUUCGGGACCUCGAUCCGUUUUGACAAAGGAGGAGGAACAACAGAUUGUUGACUGGCUGAUUGGGAUGCAAGAGCGCGGGUACCCGAUUACAAAGAACGGUUUGAAAUUCAAAGUUGGAGAGUUUUUAUCAGCUAAUCCACGGGAGACACCAUUCAAAAACAAUCGCCCUGGACGCAAAUGGUUCGGUGCAUUUAUGCGUCGUAAUCCAGGGUUUUCUCUGCGGACUCCGGAAACAGUGUCUUCUGCAAGCGCCAGAGUUAGCGAGGGAGAUAUUCGAGGCUGGUUUCGCUCCAUUAGGGGCUGGCUUGAGAAGCAUGAUAUGUUGGAGAUUUUGGAUUGCCCGGAGCGUGUUUUUAAUGGAGAUGAAACAUCCUUUUACUUACAUCCAAAGUCCAAAGAAGUGCUCGCCAGGACUGGAUCGCGCAACGUCUAUGAGGUCGAACAAGCACCAGGAAAGCAAAACGUUACGGUUAUGUUUGCUUUUAGCGCUGCUGGAUGUAUUGUACCUCCUCAUGUCAUCUUGCCAGGGAAACGCCUCCGCAAAGAAGUUAUUGCAGGAUUUCCAGACGCCUGGGGGAUUGGCCAAAGCGAAAGAGGUUGGAUGGAUGUGAACAAUUUUCGUUCUUACAUCCAGAACAUCCUUCAUCCUUUCCUGGUACAACAGAAUGUAGUGUUCCCUGUUAUUUUUUUCGUCGACGGCCACGCAUCCCACAAGUCUUUGGAAGUAGCAGACCUUUGCCUAUCGCUAGGAAUAGUAUUAAUUUCCCUUUAUCCGAACACAACCCACAUAACACAACCUGCAGACGUCGCGGUGUUUAAACCGCUGAAGGACGAAUGGAGACGGGGAGUAGAACAGUGGCGUUCAGACCAUCAUGGAGAAAUCCUAACAUUGGUACAUUUCGGUAAAGUAUUAGCACAAACUGUUGUACAAGGUAUAAAACCUGCAAGCAUUAAAAAUGGAUUCAGGGUUUGUGGAUUGUGUCCAUUUGAACCUGAUAAUGUGGACUACAGCAAGUGUAUCGCGCGGACAUGCAAUGCUCCCGAAGAAUCUGAGGCCUCGAAUCACGAAAUUGAUCCGCCAGCUGAAUUGGAACCUUCACCAUUAUCACCUCAACAUGAUUCAUUCACCACUGUUGAUCUACAAUCCUCCACGCUGAAUACACGAGACAAUACAGCUGUGUCCCUUCAAACAACUGAUGAAUGUGUGUCUGUUCACAUAAACAAAAUUAUCCAAGCUGUAGAUAUGAUUGGACCUCAAACAAUGAGCAGAAUUCAAGGAAAUGUUGGCCUCCUUUCUCGAGAUGAGCGGACUAUUCGAUUCUUUUAUCAAGAAUUUGUUAGACCAUACAUCAGCGUAACAAAUUGCGACACGGUAGAUGGUGAAGAUAUCAACAGACUCCAGAUAGCUUCCGACAUACUUGUUCCUGAUAUGGUGACCGAUCCAGCAGCAAUUGAUGAUAGUAUUCUUAUGUGCUCGAUUGCUGCAACGAGCAACGACGAGGAAGAAUCAGUUGCAUUUGAUAAUAUGAAUCUACCUCAUGAAAUCCCUCCUAUUGUAAUUGAGGUGCCAGCUGAUACUUGGAACCAAUCACUCAAUUCGUCGCAAAUGGAAACAGAGGAUAUCAUCUAUUGCCAACUCAACAAUGAAUCACCUACUAACAAUUCAACGCAAAAUGCUGGAAAUGAUCAUGCGAUAAGGAAUAAUGAAGCUGAUAAUUGCUCAGAAUACCGUCGCACUAUUGAUGCUGAGUUUGAAGAUAACAUACAACGCGACAAAGAUUCAAUUCACCCUGAAACGUCUCCGACAGAUUCUGUAGCAAUGAUGUCUGGACCGGCCCGAAGACUAUCAGAGUUUUUGAAACUACCACCUACACCACGACGUUCUACGAAGCAUCGUAAUUACUCGAAGCAGUAUUACCCAGUUUUAACAGCAAAGGAACGGCUUGAUGAAAUGCGGAAGAAAGAAGAUGAAAAACGUGUCAACGAAAACCUAAAAGUACAAAGAGCAAAAGAUCGUGAAGCAAUGAAGAAGAAGCGUGAAGAAAUUAAAAAGGCUAAGGCUGAGGAACGUGAACGUAAAAAAGUAGAAAAAGAGCAGCAAAAAGAACAAGCAAAAUCUAAGGCUAAGGCCAAACGUAGCAAACAAUCAAAAAAUUUGAUUGGAUGAUGUUGUUACCGUGACUGUAUGAAUCGAUUACUUACAUUCAAAUAAAAUAUAAUAUGUACACAUUA